CGGUUAGAUUUUUUGUGUUUAUUUCCGGUGAGAACCCACGUGUUAUGUUUUAGAAAAUAAUGUCAUCAAAAGUGAUGUCUAAGCGUGUUCCAGAUAAGUUUGACUUUGUGGACAAAGGGGUUAAUGACGGUGAAUCCUCUGAAUCAGACGAGAGUGUCUACUCGGGACUGGAGGAAGAACCGGACACAAGUGAAGAUGACCAGCAGCAGAGUUCGGAUGAGUCUGAUGAGGAGGAGGAGGUGGUGGAAGAGGACAAUUAUAAUUUAGAUGAAGAGUUAAAUUUAGAACAAAUGCAGGAAUUGUCUACUGCCAGUGGUGAUGAUGAUGAUGAUGGUGGGCAGAGGCUAACGGGCAACAUAAAAUCAUCCAACAGUCGACGACGGAAACAGCAGCCUGUCAAAAUGGCAGACAAACCUGAUGAAUAUGAUUAUGAUUCCUCAGAUGAAGAGGACAUCAGGAACACGGUGGGCAACAUCCCACUUGAGUGGUACAGGGAAUACCCACACAUUGGAUACGACAUCGAAGGAAACCGUCUCCUGAAACCGGAGAAAGGCGAUCAGCUAGACGAAUUCCUCAACAAAAUGGACAACCCCAACUACUGGCGAACUGUAACAAACAAGAUGACUGGACAGAAUGUGGUUUUAGGGAAAGAUGAUCUGAGUCUUAUACACAGCCUACAGGCCAGCAAACACCCAGACCCCAGCACAGAGAAUUAUGAGCCUUGGAUUGACUUCUUCACUCACGAGAAGAUGAUUCAUCCAGUGACAAAUCAUCCCCAACACAAGAGGAGUUUUAUACCCUCCAAGUGGGAAAAACUCAAGGUAGGACAAAUGGUGCAUGCAUUGAAGAUGGGGUGGAUGAAACCCACGAAACCCAAGACAGAAGAAGAGGAAGAACCAAACUUUUACAUGCUGUGGAAGGAGGAAGAUGAGGAGCCUGAGAUAACAAGAAGAUACAGAUCCCAUUUGCCAGCCCCCAAAGCCCCGCUUCCUGGCCACUCCGAGUCAUAUAACCCCCCACCAGAAUACUUACUGACAAAGGAGGAGGAGGAAAAAUGGCAGAACAUGGAACCAGAAGAGAGGAGGAUGAAUUUUCUGCCACAGAAGUACAGUAGUCUACGUCUGGUGCCGGCGUACAAACGUUUCAUUAACGAGCGCUUUGAGAGGUGUCUCGAUUUGUACCUGUGUCCACGUAAACCAAAAAUCAAGAUGAACAUUAACCCAGAAGAUUUGAUUCCUACAUUGCCAAAGCCACGAGACCUCCAACCAUUCCCCACCGCCCAAGCCAUUGUGUUUAGAGGACACAGUGGCAUUGUGCGUACAAUUUCUGUGGAUCCCAGUGGACAAUGGCUACUGUCAGGAAGUGAUGACGGAACAGUGCGAUUCUGGGAGGUGUCAACAGGGCGAUGUAUGAAGUCUGUUUCCAUGGAAACCAUUAGUUCAGGAAACUCAUGCUGUGUGAAAUCAGUCUCCUGGAAUCCUAACCCUGACAUCAGUCUUGUUGCUGUAGCUGUCGGGCAGUGUGUGGUGCUGAUGAACGCAGGACUGGGAGAUAAAAUGGUGACCAAUAACACAGAUAAUGUCCUCAACUCUUACACAGCCUCGGAGGAAGACACAACAGGAAGAAAGAUGUAUGUGGACUGGUCUUUCAUAGACACCUCAGAAAAAUCACAUGAUGAAGGAUUCAGAUUCAUCCUCCAACACACAAAGGAAGUAUCACAAGUCACAUGGCAUGGAAGGGGAGAUUACUUUGCCUCAGUGAUGCCAAAAGGAGACAGCAUGUCGGUACUGAUACACCAACUCUCACGACGCCGGUCACAGAAUCCAUUCACAAAAUCCAAAGGUCUGGUCCAACGUGUUCUGUUUCACCCAGUCAGGCCAUUCCUGUUUGUUGCUACUCAGCGCUACGUCAGAGUUUACAACUUACUGAAGCAAGAACUCUCCAAGAAACUCAUGUCCAACUGUAAAUGGGUGUCCAGCAUGGCUGUCCACUCAGGAGGUGACAAUCUUAUAAUAGGGAGUUAUGAUUGUCGUCUUUCUUGGUUUGACUUGGAUCUCUCUACAAAACCAUAUCAAACCCUCAGGCACCACAAACAGGCAGUUCGGGCAGUAAGCUAUCACAGGAAGUACCCACUGUUUGCCUCUGCCUCUGAUGAUGGAACAGUUAUCGUGUGUCAUGGAAUGGUCUACAAUGACCUGUUGAAGAAUCCCCUGAUUGUUCCUGUCAAAAUCCUUAAGGGUCAUGUGAUCUCGCACAACCUCGGAGUGUUAGACUGUGUGUUCCACCCAAACCAGCCCUGGGUGUUCUCCUGUGGGGCAGACACCACCAUCAGGUUAUUUACAUGACAUCUACCUGGGUGGAGCAUUCCCGGGGCAGGGACAUCUGGAAACUUGAUCAGCUGUGUUGUGAGUUGUGGAGAGGAUUUAGUUACGUGCUGCAGCCUCUUCAUCUUCACUGUUUAUUUCAUUUAUGUGGGAAGUAAAGACUUCACAGACAUCCUUGGAAUUUCAGUUCCAAAUCAAAGAUAUGUAACAUUCAUUGUACAGUAAAGAAAUAAAACGAUA